CUGUCUCGUGCACGCGCAGCGUUGUGGGCGCUGCUGCUGCAAUGGCGGCGCAGUGACAGGGAAGACGGUAAAAGCAGCUGGACUUCAAUUAGUUUGAUUUUCUUUGCAAGAGCGAGUUAACCAAAGGGGAGUGGAAAAAAAAGACAAAGCAACCCGAACAAGUCAGCAGAAGAGGGCGAGUCUCGGGGCUGAACAGUUCUUUAUUUUUUAGCAGAAACCCCGAUUUGCAUUGCUUUCUACUAACCGCGGACUGUGUCUGUGUGCAUAAACCACCACCAAGAUACCCUGGGAUCUGCCGGACCGGACCGGAAUGGCUGAACGCUGUUCCGCCGGUUUCUUGCUGAUGGAGCCGACAGCGGCGAUAUCGAUGACUCUCCCCGCGGAGGUGCGGGAGAAGCUGGCAGAGCUUGAACUGGAGCUGUCGGAAGGGGACAUCACACAGAAGGGCUAUGAGAAGAAAAGAGCCAAGCUGCUAGCGCCCUACAUCCCCCAGAUUCAAGGUGUAGACCCCUCUCUGCAAAUUGAGACCAGGAUCCACGGCUCCUCCCAGCCCGUCCCAGCUGUGCACAAGCAGCAGAAGUCCCGCUCGUCCAAUUCACGGGAUGAGCGCUUUCGAUCUGAUGUGCACACUGAAGCAGUUCAAGCAGCCCUGGCCAAAUACAAAGAGAGAAAAAUGCCGAUGCCCUCCAAGAGACGCUCUGUUCUAGUGCAGUCCUCCGUGGAAGCAUGCACCCCCCCAGACACUUCGUCGGCCUCGGAGGACGAGGGCUCUCUGCGCCGGCCCGGCCCCCCCAGUGUGGAGCGCUGGUUUAACAGAGUGAUCCAGGGAUCCUCCACCUCCUCCUCUGCCUCCUCCACCUCAUCACAUCCAGGAGGGUGGCCUCUUGGCCCGGCCAGCGCCGCUGCAACCGCCGCCACCGUGCUGGCAGACCUCAUGGCUCAGUCUCAGAUAGAUAACCACUCUGCCCCCCCAGACGUGACCACCGGCCUGUCCCAGCGUUCCAUACACAUUGAGCGGCCCCAGCUGGCGUCGGUGCGGGGGGUCCCUCGGGGCCUCCACAACACCACCAUCCUGGAGACUGCGGAUGGUGUCCCAGUGAAUAGCCGCGUCUCCUCCAAGAUCCAGCAGCUGCUCAACACCUUGAAGAGACCCAAGCGACCCCCGCUGAGGGAGUUCUUCUUGGACGACUUCGAGGAGCUGCUGGACGUCCAGCAGCCAGACCCUAACCAGCCCAAGCCUGAGGGGCCGGCCAUGUCCCCGCUGGCAGGGGAGCCCCCCGGGGUCGUGACGAACUGGCCCCCCUCCCUCCUGGCUGCCAUGCAGCGUUGGGGAACCACUCAGCCCAAAACCCCCUGUCUCACCUCGCUGGACAACUCCGGGAAACCAGUCUACACCCUCACAUAUGGUAAGCUGUGGAGCCGCAGUGUGAAACUGGCGUACACUCUUUUGAACAAGCUGAGCACCAAGAACGAACCCCUGCUGAGGCCAGGAGACCGGGUUGCGCUCGUUUUCCCGAACAAUGACCCGGUCAUGUUCAUGGUUGCGUUCUAUGGCUGUCUGCUUGUGGAGCUGGUCCCAGUUCCCAUUGAAGUGCCGCUGACUCGGAAGGAUGCAGGGAGCCAGCAGAUCGGAUUCCUGCUGGGUAGCUGCGGGGUCAAUCUGGCUCUCACCACUGACGCCUGCCAGAAGGGCCUGCCCAAAGCACAGACCGGGGAGGUGGUGACAUUCAAAGGUUGGCCUCGUCUACUGUGGUUCGUGACAGAUGGGAAGCACUUAGCGAAGCCCCCGAAAGACUGGCACCCCCUAGUUCGAGACGCCAGCAACGACAUUGCUUACAUAGAGUACAAGACCAGCAAGGAGGACAGUACCAUGGGCAUCACCGUGUCUCACGCCGCCAUGCUGGCACACUGCCACGCCCUGACGCAGGCCUGUGGCUAUACAGAGGCUGAAACCAUUACUAAUGUGCUGGACUUCAAGAGGGAUGCGGGUCUGUGGCACGGGGUUCUGACGAGUGUUAUGAACAGGAUGCACGUGAUCAGUAUCCCCUACUCCCUGAUGAAGGUCAAUCCCUUGUCCUGGAUACAGAAAGUGCACUCCUACAAAGCACGAGUGGCGGUUGUGAAGUCACGGGACAUGCACUGGUCCCUCCUGUCGCAGAGAGACCAGCGGGAUGUCAACCUCAGCUCCUUGCGCAUGCUGAUCGUAGCCGACGGGGCCAAUCCCUGGUCGAUCUCGUCGUGUGACGCCUUCCUGAACGUGUUCCAGGCGCGCGGGCUGCGCCCCGAGGUCAUCUGCCCCUGCGCCAGCUCCUCAGAGGCUCUCACUGUUGCCAUCCGCAGACCCCCAGAGAUGGGCGUGCCACCCCCAGGGAAGGCAGUGCUCUCGAUGACCGGGCUGAGUCACAGCGUGAUACGCGUGGACAGUGAGGAGAAGCUCUCUGUGCUGACGGUGCAGGACGUGGGCCAGGUCAUGCCAGGGGCUCUGGUGUGCGUGGUGAGGGUGGAGGGCACCCCAUACCUGUGUAAGACGGACGAGGUGGGAGAGAUCUGUGUCGGCUCCAACACCACUGGCAUCGCCUACUACGGACUGCCGGGCAUCACCAAGAACAUCUUUGAGACCAUUCCUCUGACCGCCGCAGGGGUUCCCCUCACUGACCGGCACUUCACCAGGACUGGCCUGCUAGGCUUCGUGGGGCCGGAUAAGCUGGUUUUUGUGGUGGGGAAGAUAGAUGGUUUGAUGGUGGUUAGUGGGAGAAGACACAAUGCCGAUGACAUUGUCGCCACAGCUCUGGCAGUGGAACCAAUGAAGUUUGUUUACAGAGGAAGGAUCGCAGUGUUCUCGCUGACGGUGCUCCAUGAUGAGAGAGUUGUGGUGGUUGCAGAGCAGCGUCCCGACGCCUCGGAGGAGGACAGCUUCCAGUGGAUGAGCCGAAUCUUGCAGGCCAUUGACAGUAUCCACCAGGUGGGGGUAUACUGCCUGGCUCUGGUUCCUGCCAACACGCUGCCCAAAGCCCCGCUGGGGGGGAUCCACAUUUCGGAGACCAAGCAGCGGUUCCUGGAGGGGGCGCUGCACCCCUGCAACGUGCUCAUGUGCCCCCACACCUGCGUCACAAACCUGCCCAAGCCCCGGCAGAAACAGCCCGAAGUGGGCCCUGCCUCAGUGGUGGUGGGGAACCUGGUGGCUGGAAAGAGGAUCGCUCAGGCCUGUGGAAGGGAUGUGGCCGCUCUGGAGGACAAUGACCAGGCGCGCAAGUUCCUGUACAUGCAGGACGUGCUGCAGUGGAGGGCCCAUGCAACGCCGGACCACCCUCUCUUCCUCCUGCUCAACGCCAAGGGCACAGUCGCCAGCACAGCAACCUGCAUGCAGCUUCACAAGCGAGCAGAGAGGGUAGCCUUGGGGCUGGUGGAGAAGGGGCGUCUCAACGCAGGGGACCACGUGGCUCUAGUGUACCCGCCAGGUGUGGACCUGAUAGCCACAUUCUACGGAUGUCUGUAUGCAGGCUGUGUGCCAGUCACUGUGCGCCCCCCUCACCCUCAGAACCUGGCUACCACCCUGCCCACUGUCAGGAUGAUUGUAGAGGUCAGCAAGUCCGUGUGCAUCCUCACCACACAGGCAAUAAUGAAGUUGCUGAAAUCCAAAGAGGCAUCUGCAGCCGUCGAUGUGAAGAGCUGGCCGGUUAUACUGGACACAGAUGACUUGCCCAGAAAGAAGCCCCUUCAGAUUUACAAGCCACCAUCUCCAGAGAUGCUGGCGUACCUGGACUUCAGUGUCUCCACCACGGGGAUCCUGGCAGGAGUAAAGAUGUCCCACGCUGCCACCAGUGCCUUGUGUCGCUCCAUCAAGCUGCAGUGUGAGCUGUACCCCUCUCGACAGAUCGCUAUCUGCCUGGACCCCUACUGCGGCCUGGGCUUUGCUCUCUGGUGCCUCUGCAGCGUGUACUCUGGUCACCAGUCUAUCCUGGUGCCCCCUCUCGAGUUGGAGAGUAACGUGUCUCUGUGGCUUUCUGCAGUCAGUCAGUUCAAGGUGCGCGUCACAUUCUGCUCCUACUCUGUCAUGGAGAUGUGCACCAAGGGGCUUGGCACACAGACCGACACACUUCGGGUGAAGGGGGUGAACCUCUCUUGUGUGCGCACCUGCAUGGUGGUAGCAGAGGAGAGGCCCCGCAUUACUCUUACUCAGUCCUUCUCCAAGCUGUUCAAAGACCUGGGCCUGUCCGCCCGAGCGGUCAGCACCACCUUCGGCUGCCGGGUCAACGUGGCUGUAUGUCUGCAGCCGAACAGGCUGGGCAAGCUGGCAGAGCAGGGUACAGCGGGUCCAGACCCUACCACAGUGUACCUGGACAUGAGAGCUCUGCGCCACGACAGGGUUCGAUUGGUUGAGAGAGGCUCCCCGCACAGCCUGCCACUGAUGGAGUCAGGAAAGAUCCUGCCCGGUGUGAGGGUUAUCAUCGCAAACACUGAGACUAAAGGACCGCUGGGAGACUCUCACUUAGGAGAGAUCUGGGUGAGCAGUCCUCACAACGCCACCGGCUACUACACCGUUUACGGGGAGGAGGCUCUGCACGCCGAUCACUUCAGCACCAAGCUGAGCUUCGGAGACACAGCCACAGUGUGGGCGCGCAGCGGCUACCUGGGCUUCCUGCGCCGAACCGACCUCACUGACGCUAACGGAGAGAGGCACGAUGCCCUGUACGUGGUGGGCUCCCUGAAUGAGACACUGGAGUUGCGGGGGAUGAGGUACCACCCCAUUGACAUAGAGACCUCUGUGAUCAGAGCACACAAGAGCAUCGCAGAGUGCGCGGUGUUCACCUGGACGAACCUGCUCGUGGUGGUGGUGGAGCUGGACGGCUCGGAGCAGGAGGCUCUGGACCUGGUGCCGCUGGUCACCAACGUGGUCCUGGAGGAGCACUACCUCAUCGUGGGCGUGGUGGUGGUGGUGGACCCUGGCGUGAUCCCCAUCAACUCCCGGGGGGAGAAGCAGCGCAUGCACCUGCGGGACGGCUUCCUGGCAGACCAGCUCGACCCCAUCUACGUGGCUUACAACAUGUGAGGGAGGAGCACCCAGAGAUACACCAGGACUACUGACAGCAAAGGAGUCUCCCUGCUUCUUCACCCAUACACAGGAUGUGCAGCUUUUGCUUUGCUGUACAGAAUUUCCAUUUUAGACAAACUUUUUUUUUUUUUUAUUUACAUUUAAUUUUGAAUGUCAGUAUUGUUUCCCAGAUGCACUUCCCUCUGGUGGGAGCACAGUGGAGUGAGACUCUAGACUAAAUCAAUUCCCUGCUUCAUUCCCUUUGCGUUUUGUGUGUUGUUUUUCCAGAGGGGACAAGACACGCUGCUUUGAACUCUUUAACCACGCUAUCACCUCAUCACGCAUGGGUGUAUUUUGGCACAAUUUCAUUUAUUUUUUUGAUCUUUUCAUUUUUUUCAAAAACAAGCUCUUAACAGGUAUUUGGGUUGAUAUGCGGUGCUGCCUUUAAAACAACAGUAUGCACAGACAUUGUCAGCACAGGGACCAGUGCUGACCAGGAUUGUUUCAAGAUUGGCACCGAGGUCAACCACAGUGAAUGAGGGCCAAAUCAGGACAUUUGCUUUAAAAAAGCUUACAACAAUAUGAAGAAUGUGAAUAGUAUUAUUUCUUUGCACAAAAAAAAAAGUUUGCUUUUUAUGAACAAGAAUAGUUUAUCCAUGAUGCAUUUUAUUUAACAUUACCCAUCUCCCACGAGAUGCUAUAGUUCUAUGUUUAAUGAAUUUACUGCUGUUUUUAGUUUUUGAAUAUUAAGCUAUGCCGGACGAACGAUAAAAAGAUUUAAAAAAAACUUUGUUCGAGUUUUCAAGAUACUGUGGAAGCAACACACACAGUACAACCCGCUGCCUCCAACGCUAUGCUGCAGCUGUGCUCUUAGCUUGUGUGCAUCGUAGACUACUCUUGGACUCGUCUUGUAAUUAUGUACAUACCUUGCAUAACUUAUGAUUGUGAUUCUGGAAGUGGGCGUGGCAGCCGCUGGACUGACAGACAUUUGUUAGCAGUGCGCCUGCAGGGGGCCCCGCUGGACGACCUGACUCACCUACAGUUUAAAUGUUGUACUUUUUGUUUUAUAGCUCAAAACAAAAAGCCUUGUAAGAUUUUGUAUUAAGAAAUUGAUGACAGUGAGACUGGACUAAAGCAGGUUAAGCAGAAAGCACAUUAAAACAUUUUAAAAUGAAAACGCUUGGUUUCCUGUAAACCAUAUUCCCUGAAAAUAGCUGAUUCCUGUAGUAAACAAACGCUGCUUACUUUCUAUUUUCUGGACAUUUCAUAAUGGCCAUCGUCCAAUAAAAUGCCAUUCCCUUUACACAGUGCCUCCCCUGGGAUGCUUUGUUUUUGUUGAUAAAAACAAAACAUGUCUUGUCGAUAUGAAUACAGCACACCGAAAAACAAAUAAAUGCAUACACAAGUAUAUUGUCAUAAGCACUCUUUCAUCUGUGAGUCUGUGAUAAAAUAAUAUGUUAGUAAGAGUUCUGGUAUUUUCUAUUUAAAACACU